AUGGUUCACUUCAAGCCCACUAGCGUACUAUUCGCCCUUGCGGUCUUCAUCACCAAGAAUGUUGUCGCUGAGGAAGCGCACGCACUUGAGGUCUUCCCGGAACUGAAGGGCACCGGUCCAUUCGAGAUUGCCUACAAGGACCCGGAGACAAACAAGGUGAUUGUCGAGCACGUUGACGAGCACGGAGAAAGUGCUAUUGAGAAGCGUACCUACCAAGUGAACCAAGAUGUGGUUGCGAAGCUCCUGAGAAACCACAAUGGGUAUGGCUUUUGUAAAGGCUUCUGCCCGGCAUAUCAGCCACAGAAGCCGGUGACGCAGACCAACUUGAAGACUUUCACAAAGCUUGUGACCGUCACAAGCUCGGUCGUUCCCGCACCAGCCACUAUAACUCUGACGGCGACCGGCGAAGUGCCAGCAGAUUCCACGGUACUGCAGACGACCACGAUCUCGGAGACAGCAACGACAACUGUUACCGAUGCACCUACCACCGUCUCAGAUGUUCAAACAAUCACCAUCACUUCAGCAGCAACCACGAUUCUUACCCAGUCAACUACCUUAAACUUCCCCAGUGCUCCAACUCUUAAGGCCCGUCACGUCAGCCCGCCAUCAUGGCUGAAGGGUGUAGCGAACAAUCUGAUCUGUCCAGCAUGCACCAAGGUCUGGCCUGCACCUCCAGCAAAGACUGUGUCCAUAUGUAAGACAACGACUGUAACAAAGACGCAAACUCGAACUGCGACCGCCGCCCGCGCGACAGCUACCACCAUCGUCAGCGUUACCCCCACAGCGAAGACCGUGACGGCAGUCAUCUCUACGACGCUCACUAUCACGGACUAUACUACUGUAACACCUAUUGUCACUGAAACUUCUACAGCCACAACUACCGUUGCUACAACCAUCACCAGCACCAGCACGCAGACACUCUGCCCACAGCAAACAGCCGACGUAUACGGCAUCCAAGCCGUUCAGCCCGGUACGUUGAAGGAUGGUCCAAGCAGCAAAACCGCCACCGAGUGCUGUCUGGCUUGCUUCAGCGAUCCACAGGGCUGCACUCAGUGGUGGGCAUACGGAAGCAUGUGCAUGUACUCUGUCCCAAAAUCAGGGCUAGGAACACCAAGCGACCUAUGUCCGAAUGGAAAGGGUAAUGGCGCGAUCUUCGUUGGGGCUGCUGGGUCGCUUCCUAAUGGCUUUGGUGGGCCGGGACAAUGUGCGGCGUAG